AUGUCACUCCGUUUGGGCAGAAAUGUUGCGGUUUUGGUCCAUUCGACUGCUAAAUUGUCCAGCAGCGCUUCGUUGUCGGCUGUCUCCAACGAUGAGGCCAUGAAGAAGUUUAGAUCACACAUUUUGCCAAAUUCAGAGGUAGGUUAAUGUUUUUCUGGUUGUUUUCGAGUUUAGGCCUAAAUUUUAUCAUGUAUAAGGUCGUCCGCCAUCGCUAGACUUAGCUGAUGGUCUCAGGUCACUACUACAACCUUUUUUCGGAUAAGGUUUUUGGGAUUGUUGCAAAGGCUUCUCUUAUUUUGAUACGAUGUACAUCUCCUCUUUUCAGCGUCUCUAUGCCCGUUAUGGCGGUCGUCAGACUGUUACUGCCUUACCAGGCGAUGGUAUUGGGCCCGAGAUGAUGGAGCACAUUCAAAGAAUCUUCCUCUUCGCUCAUGUUCCGGUUGAUUUUGAGGUCGUUCCGAUUGGCUCGUCUGAUAUUACUGACCCUGAAGGUGAUUUGCAGAACGUCAUCAGCUCAAUUAAGAGAAAUGGCGUCGCUUUGAAGGUAUUUAGAGACAUUUCGUAGAUUUUAUUUUGAUGUUAUUAGUUUUUGAUCUAAGUUUGUAUUGUUUUAGGGCAAUAUCGAAACCAAAUUCGAUAAUCCCGAAUUCAAAUCGCGUAAUAUGGAAAUUCGUCGUAUCCUUGAUCUCUACGCCAAUGUUCUUCAUUGUGUAUCAAUUCCAACUGUCCCAAGUCGUCAUAAGGAGCUCGAUAUUGUUAUGAUUCGAGAGAACACUGAAGGAGAGUAUUCUGGACACGAGCAUGAAGCCAAAAAGGGUGUUGUUGAGAGUCUGAAGGUGAGUGAACUUUCCUUAUUUCAUAUCCUUGAAGUUUAGAUUGUAACCCGCGACAAAAUGGAGAGAAUCACCAGGUUCGCCUUCGAAUACGCCAGAACUUACAAUAGGAAAAAGAUCACUGCUGUUCAUAAGGCUAACAUUCAGAAGCUGGGUGAUGGAUUGUUUUUGAGAGUGAGUUGGGUUUUAAGGAAGAUUUUCAAAUACCGUUUUGUCAUAUUUCUAAUCGAAACUAUGUGUUUGCUCCGACAGCUUAGAAUAGUUCUAAAUAAUUUUUUGUAGUUAUACGGUGUCUAGUGUAAUAUAAAACUUUUUUCGAUUGCCACUGAAAUGGCCCGAGACGAGUUCCCAGACAUCGAAUUUGAAUCGAUGAUUGUGGACAACGCCUCAAUGCAGCUCGUCUCAAAGCCUGCUCAAUUCAAUGGAGGAAUUAUGCUGAUGCCGAACUUGUAUGGUAAGAUUACAAUUCUUUCGUUUGUAUUUAGAAGUUCAAAAGCAUGCGAAAAUUUGUAUAAAUGGAUGGUCUCGUAGGACUGGUCCGUCAUGAUAAAAAAUAUUCCCAUUUUUAGGCAACAUCAUCUCCAAUAUCGCCUGCGGUUUGGUUGGUGGGCCGGGACUAGUCUCCGGAAUGAACAUUGGAGAGCAUUACGCAGUCUUUGAAACCGCCACUCGCAACACUGGCACCAGUCUGGCCGGCCAGGACAAGGCCAAUCCGACUGCCUUCAUCCGAGCUUCUUGUGAUAUGUUGACAUACCUCAACCUCUCGCAGUACGCUGAUUUGAUCUCGGACGCCCUCUUCAAGGCCUUGACGAUCGACAAAGUCCAUACGCCGGACAUUGGAGGCACUGCCAAUAGCUCAGGGCUUGUGGAAAAAGUGUUGGACCAUAUUGAAGUCGACAUGACUCGAUUAGGAAGGAAAGUCACUCAUUAG